CCCAGUCCGGAAGCAAGCGACGAGAAUCUUUAAAUUGCUCAACCCUCCAAUAUGACCUCAACAAGUGAAGCAGUAAAUGCUGUAGGACUAGAGCGGCCUCAAGUUGCAACAGACGAUGAACCCCAUUUAAUGCGGAUAUCUUCGGCAAAGAUGCAUGCCUAUGUGGAGUGGGCUCUCAAAUUUCUCCAGGAAAACAAAUAUCGUCCCCUGGUUCUCCACACCCUACCAGUUCCCUCAUCGCGGUUGGCAUCGGAACCACCGCAGGAGGCGGAAACUCCCAAUGCUGCGUCUACCACAAACAAGCGAACGGAAAAGAAUUCCAUGCUUUCCCAUUGUACAACCAGCAUCCCGAGACUUGUUUCGAUCGUUGAGACGAUCAAGCGGGUAUUUGCAGCAUCCAUGAUUCGGCAUAACUUAGAUAACCCAGAAAGUCCUAUUUUACUUCAUCAAUACAACUUAGUAGACUCGUUAGAGAGCGAGGCAUCAACUAAUCAAGAGGGGAAUGUGACGAUUGACCUGGAGUCAGUCUUAAGCGGGAAAAAUCACUUGCAGGUCAAGAAGACGCCCUAUAUGAAAGUUAUUUUGUGUCGAAGAAAGUUACCCCAACAACUCGUAGGAAAAGCCUCCUAUCAGGAACCGUUAAUGCCUCCAAAGAAGUCUCGAUCAACCAAGUCACGGGAGCGGAAGCGGCGACGCAAGCAAGCGAGAGAUGCACAAGCAGCUUCGGCGGAGCAGAAUGCAGUUCCUGAAGUCAUGGAAGUUGACCCCUCGUCGAAGGAUUCAUGAGUCGUUCCGAGCCCGCUCGUUCGCCCGUUCAUUUUGGCCCGUUCACUUCGUCCCGGGGUUACGUGGAGGAGUGGGUGUGCCCAAGUACACAAAACCCAUAUCGCGAUUCCAACCGCGCUCAGCGUUCCAAUUCUUUCAAACAAAGUCAUAGCUUUGAUCGCAUGCCCUUCCAAUAGUAUAUUCCCA